GAGAGAAUGGUAAUGAUGAUGUCCACACAUCCUUGACACACCAUGACCUACGUUACCCUGUGCAGAGGGAUCAUAAUUUUAUCACGUCUCUUUCUGGUCAAAAGAUUAUUUACAAAUCUCAUUUGGUACCAGACAAUACAGACUUCUAUCAAGAUCACAACCAGUCUCAGCACAACCAGUAUUUUCAGCCAAGUGUGAGUCUAGGGUCCUUGCCUUCCCACCAUUUACAUUCAACAGCUUCAGUUUCGAAUCCCAUGGCUCAUGCCGCAAAACUAGGUAUUGACAAUCCCGUUGAUUUAUCCAGUUCUAAAUUGGUGGUACACCAACAGCCACUGUUAAAAGAAGAGAGACUGUUUGAUCAGGAGCAGUUUUUUCACCAGCAGCAGCAGCAUCUGCUACAUCAACAUCAUAGGCUUUCUUCACAUUCACUUCAUCAUCACAGUCAGCAGCAGCAACAGUACCCUCAUCAUCAAGCAAACUCUGUGAUCACUGUGGGCAUACCAGAUCAGUCUCAUGAUGGGGGUGGACAACACAUGGCAGGUUCUCUAACGCCACCAGACAAGCACAAUGGUGACCUAGUUAGAAUGCCAUCUCCUGGUGGUCUCGACAUGACAGCUAUCACAUCUACGGUGCAGGCUCCUCCAUCUCCAUUACCAACACCACCACCUUCAACAGUUACUGCUAGUGGUAGACCGUCUAUGGAAGUUGACACAUCUAGUGGAGGAGCAGUAUAUUCCACCAACUCUAUGCUUGGACCUUUCCAAGAACAAAAGCUCACAAGGGAGGCCAUGCGGAACUAUCUGAGGAAAAGAGAUGAUCAAACUCUGGUCAUUUUACAUGCAAAGGUUGCCCAGAAGUCAUAUGGUAAUGAGAAAAGAUUUUUCUGUCCACCACCUUGCAUUUAUUUAUUUGGCAAUGGUUGGAAAGAAAAACAAGAGCAGAUGGAAAAAGAGGGCGCCUCAGAUCAGGAUACACAAGUAUGUGCUUUUAUGGGUAUUGGAAAUUCAGAUCAAGAAAUGGUGCAGCUGAACUUAGAGGGAAAGAAAUACUGUGCUGCGAAAACCUUGUACAUAUCUGACUCUGACAAAAGGAAGCACUUUAUGCUGACAGUGAAAAUGUUCUAUGGAAAUGGUCAAGACAUCGGCAUUUUUCAGAGCAAACGUAUAAAAGUAAUCUCCAAACCAUCCAAGAAGAAGCAGUCUUUAAAAAAUGCAGAUUUAUGCAUUGCUUCCGGUACAAAAGUGGCCUUGUUCAACCGUCUUCGCUCUCAAACUGUUAGCACACGUUACCUGCAUGUAGAAAAUGGCAACUUUCAUGCAAGUUCCACACAGUGGGGAGCUUUUACAAUUCACCUACUUGAUGAUGAUGAAGGAGAGUCAGAAGAGUUUACAGUCAAAGAUGGUUAUAUUCAUUAUGGAUCAACUGUUAAACUCGUGUGCUCGGUCACAGGAAUGGCACUGCCGAGGUUGAUCAUUCGCAAAGUUGAUAAACAGACUUCAUUAUUGGACGCUGAUGAUCCGGUGUCCCAGCUACAUAAAUGUGCUUUCUACCUCAAAGAUACAGAAAGGAUGUAUUUGUGUCUCUCACAGGAGAGAAUAAUCCAGUUUCAGGCAACUCCAUGUCCAAAAGAAGCCAAUAAGGAGAUGAUAACGGAUGGUGCCUCAUGGACAAUCAUCAGCACUGACAAAGCAGAAUAUACCUUUUAUGAAGGCAUGGGUGCAGUAAGCAGACCUGUUACACCUGUCCCUGUAGUCAACAGUUUGAAUUUGAAUGGUGGUGGUGAUGUUGCUAUGUUGGAGCUUAAUGGUGAAAACUUCACAGCCGCUCUAAAAGUUUGGUUUGGAGAGGUCGAAGCAGAAACCAUGUAUAGAUGUGAUGAUAGCAUGUUGUGUGUGGUCCCUGAUAUCUCUGCAUUCCGAACCAGUGGAGGGCGAUGGGUUAGACAACCCUUACAGGUUCCUGUAUCACUGGUGCGCUGUGAUGGGAUUAUCUACUCCACAGGACUUAUCUUUACAUACACGCCAGAACCUGGUCCUCAUCAACACUGCAAAGAAGUGGACAGAAUAUUAGGGCGCACUCCUGCAAGCCCUGAUUCGACAUCAUCCAAUAAUUUCAACAGCUCUUUGUGA